AAAAGAUGCCUCCAUGGUGGGGGAAGUCAUCUUCAAAGGAUGCAAAAAGGAAAACAUCCAAAGAGAGUUUUAUUGACACGUUGAAUAGGAAGUUUAGGAGUCCUGAAAGUAAAUCUUCCAACAGAUCAGGGGGAUCUAGAAGACAUUCUAGUGACGCAGUUUCAGAGAAAGGGUCUCAGUCACGAGUUGAGUCAAGGUCAACAUCGCCUUCCAAGCACGUUGCAAGAUGUCAAAGUUUUCCAGAAAGGUCUCAGGCCCAACCACUUCCCACGCCAGAUCUGCUCCCUGCAAAUGUAAGGAAUACAGAUUCUGGAAUGGCUGAUGUGGCAAAACCGAACUCAAAAAGGCUCUCCAAACCAUCGUUGUUUCGAUCUCUCCCAAGACCUGCAUGCAUGUGAUACAGGCUGGGCCGUACUGACUUAGAUGGUGAAGUAGCUGUUGCUUCAACCUCUAGCGAAUGCUCCAACGAAAGUGAUGAUCCAGCUGACUCACAUCAGUGUAGUCCGCUGGCAUCUGACUAUGAAAUUGGGAGUCGAACUGCUGCAGGCAGCCCUUCAAGCACUUUUGUGAAGGAUCAGUCUGCUGUUGCACCAGUAAUCUCAAACGAGUCACCUGUUGCAGUGAAUCUCUCGUCCAAUAAAAAUAUCUCCUCUUCACCUACGAGAAGACAGCUGAACAGUCGAGUUCCAAAUCUACGAGUCCCCCAUCAUGGUGCCCUUUUCAGUGCUCCAGAUAGCUCAAUGUCAAGUCCCUCGAGAAGCCCGAUGAGAUCUUCCCGUUAUGAGCAAGUUACAAGUUCUGCUUUUACUACUGGAAAGCAUUAUCCAGAUCUUCUAUUUCUUGGUUCUGGUCCUUGCUCCAGUCCAGGCUCAGGUCAGACCUCUGGGCACAAUUCAAUGGGAGGAGAUAUGUCAGGGCAAGUAUUUUGGCAACCCAGUAGAGAAAGCCCAGAAUGUUCACCANAUCCUAGUCCGAGAAUGACAAGCCCUGGCCCUAGUUCCAGAAUUCACAGUGGUGCUGUUACACCACUUCAUCCAAGAGCUGGCAAGGGACACACUGAUUCGCAGACUGGUUGGCCGGAUGACACAAAACAACAAAGUUACCGCCUGCCCCUUCCUUCUUUAACAAGUUCCAAUUUCUCAAUGUUCUCUCAUUCGAAUUCAGCUGCAACAUCACCUUCUGUACCGUGUAGUCCUGGACGAGUGGAAACUUUUACAAGCUCUGGCUCAUGUUGGAAAAAGGGAAAAUUGCUCAGUAGAGGCACAUUUGGGCAUGUUUAUGUUGGUUUUAAUAGUGAAACUGGCGAAAUGUGUGCUAUGAAGGAGGUAACAUUAUUCUCAGAUGAUGCGAAGUCGAAGGAAAGUGCAAAGCAGUUGGGACAAGAGAUUACAUUAUUGAGUCCUUUAAGGCAUCCAAAUAUUGCCCAGUAUUAUGGAUAUGAAAUGGUGGAUGAUAAAUUAUAUAUCUAUUUGGAAUAUGUCUCUGGUGGUUCCAUCCAUAAGCUUCUACAAGAUUAUGGAAAAUUGGGAGAAUCGGCUAUCCGAAGUUAUACUCAACAAAUUUUGUCGGGGCUUGCAUAUUUGCACAGCAAAAAUACUGUGCAUAGGAAUAUUAAGGGGGCUAAUAUCCUCGUGGAUUUAACUGGUCGUGUCAAGUUGGCUGACUUUGGCAUGGCAAAGCAUAUCACUGGGCAAACCUGUCCAUUAUCAUUUAAGGGAAGUCCUUAUUGGAUGGCACCUGAGGUGAUAAGGAAUUCAAAAGGAUGUAGCCUUGCUGUUGAUAUAUGGAGUCUCGGAUGCACCGUCUUGGAAAUGGCCUUAUCGAAGCUUCCUUGGAGCCAUUAUGAAGGGGUUGCCGCCAUGUUCAAGAUUGGAAAUAGUAAAGAACUCCCAACAAUUCCAGAAAACCUCUCG